GAACAAAUCCAAAGCAAAUUGAAGAACCUCAAGGAUGAAAGAGAAAGGCUCCAAGGAUUAAAACUAAGCGGGGAGAAGAGAAGCCAGAAGUAUCUGCAGCAGACAAGAGCCGAGAGGUGGAAAAUCAUGUUGGUUUUCAAGCAGCUGCACCAGUUCCAGGACGAGCAGGAACGUCUCCUCCUAAUGUGGUUGGAGGAUGUGGAGAAACAGAUAGUGCAGACCCAGCUGGAGAAUGACAGGAAGAUCUCUGUGGAGAUAUCCCACCUGGGCAACCUCAUCCAGGAGUUGGAAGGGAUGAACCCACAACCAGAGAAUAAAUCCCUGAAGGAUGCCAGGAGCGCCUUGACCAGGUGUGAAGCAAGGACUUUCCAACAACUGACAGAAAAGUUUCCCAGAAUGGAAAAGAGACUGAAGGAUUUAUCUCAGAAAAACAUCGUUCUGAAGGAAGCCCUGAGGAAAUUCAAAGAGAGUCUCCCAGUUGAACUGGAGGUGCGAUGGGCAAACGUGACACUGGAUCCAGACACAGCAAACCCCCACCUCAUUCUUUCUGAGGAUCGAAGGAGCGUGAGGUGGGAUGAAACACCCCAGAACUUGCCUGACAAUCCCCAGAGAUUUGAUACCUACUGCUCCGUGUUGGGUCGCGAAGGCUUCACGGCGGGGAGGAACUAUUGGGAAGUGCAGUUAGGGAGCAGAGGAUUUUGGGCUGUAGGAGUGGCCAGAGAUUCAGCAUGGAGAAAGGGUUGGAUUAACCUUGACCCUUCCCAAGGAAUUUGGGCUGUUGGCAUCUGUGGGGACAGGUUUCAAGCUUUCACCUCCUUCGAAACAGUUCAGCCUCUGAAUGGGAGACCAAGGACUAUCCGGGUCUCUCUGGAUUACGAGAAGGGACACGUGGCUUUCUUUGAUGCUGAUAAUGAGACCUUGGCUUUUGCUUUUCCUCCGACUUCUUUCAAUGGAGAGAAAAUCCUGCCUUUCUUCUGGGUUUGGGAAUCCAAGAUCCAGCUGGUUCCUUGA